GUGCCGCAUGCCGACGCCGCCGGAGCACGGCUACUUCACGCGCGAGACCAAGGCCAGCCAGAAGCGCAUCCUGCUCGUCGUGCGCUGCAAGCCGCUGCACUUCCUCGUGGGCUGGCAGCGCCUCACCUGCCGCGACGGCCGCUGGAACCGGCCGAUGCCCAAGUGCAUGUUUAUCGACAUGCGGGUGUGCACGCUGCUGCGGCGCUCGGACCGCAUGAUCCGCACGUGCCUCAAGAGCGAGGAGUACCCGGGCGAGUACCGCUGCGACGAGGGGCUGGUGCCGCACGGCGCCACGGUGGAGCCGCGCUGCCCGCGCGACCACUUCGUGUGGGGCACCUUCCGCUACAUGCACUGCAUCGACGGCGUCUGGCACCCGCGCGACGUCACGUGGCGCGACCUCAAAUGCGAGCACGCCACCAACAUCUACCGACACUAUGAAAUUGAAGAACGGCGGAAGACGUCAACUACACUAAGAGUUCCUGUGAGAAUCGGUGAUAAUACGACCGAAACGAAUGCGACCGGCAUUUACGACGUACCUAUUCAAUAUGAUGAUUCGGCGGACUUAAGUUCACAGAUGGAAGAGUUUUUCACAAGAAAUUAUACUAAACUGAGCACCUGGAAGCGUUUGAAUACAAGUGAGCAGUCGAACACGUCAAUGGAUAAACCAGAUGUAAGGAAAUCCCAGAUUGAACGCUCCCAGAUCGACGAGCACGAUCAAAAGUUAAAAUACUCCUAUUUAGAAAAGAUGCAAUCGAUUAUAGACUCGAUCAAAAAGGACAUUUUGCAAUCUCAUAGGCAAGGUAACGACUCAUUGAACAAAGAUUCAAUUAAAAAGAAAAUUGGGGAACUCGAAAAAGAGGCGGAAACCAUGUACAAUAAAUCUGAAAAUAAUACUUUAAAAUAUAGCCGUAUAGACAAUGCACGUGUCAAAUCGCUUAGAAAUUCUACAAAAAAUGACACAUUACGAUCUCACAGGCAAACUAACCAUUCGUGUGACGAUGAUUCAAUUCGGACAAAUUUCUGGAAACUUCAAAAAGAGGCGUUGAAGGCGGAUACUGGCGGUAGUAAAUCAGUCGGUAAAAUGCCAGCAAUCGCCAAAAUAGACAAGCUACACGACAAACCACUUAGAAAUUAUAUCAAAAAGGAAAUUUUACAAUCUGAAAGUAAUGAUAAUUCAAUUAAAAACAAAAAUCUGAAACUUCAAAAAAAAGCGUCGAAGGAGGACGCUACCGAGACGCACAUAAUAGUUAAACCGCCUUUAAAUUUCACAGAUAAGGCCAUAUUACAAUCUUAUAGGCGACCUAUUGUAUCAUUGGACGAUGAUUCAAUUCGAGCAAAUUUUUGGAAACUUCAAAAAGAGGCAUUGAAGGCGGAUGCUGCCGAAUCUAAAUCAGUAGAUAAAAAGUCACGGAAGUCCAAACCUGACAAAGCGCCUUUAAAUUACACCGAUAAGGACAUAUUACCAUCAUAUAAGCAACCUAUCGCAUUGUUAGACGAUGAUUCAAUCAGAGCAAAUUUCUGGAAACUCCAAAAGAGUCGUUGAAGGCGGAUGCUAGAGAAUAUAAACCAAUCUAUAAAAAAUUAAGAAACUCCCAAACACACAAAUCGACACAAUCCAUCAAUAAUGACAUUUUACAAUACAACAAAUCGUCAACUCGAACUGAUUUCUGGAAAAGCCAAACUGUGGCGUUGAAGGUGAAUGCUACUAAAACUAAAUCAGUUAACAAAAAGUCAAGAACAGGAAAUAAAUCCCUUAUAAAUGCCAUAUAUAAAGAAAUAUUACAAUCUCAACGACAAGAUAACAAAUCAUUGGACGAUGAUUCAAUUCCAACAAAUUUAUGGAAACCCGAAACUGAGGUGUUAAAGGCGAAUGCUACCAAAACUAAAUCAGUCAAUAAAAAGACAAGAAAAGAAAAUAAAUCGCUUAUAAAUUCCAUAUACAAGGAAAUAUUGCAAUCUCAACGGCAAGGUACCAAAUCAUCGGACGAUGAUUCAAUUGGAACAACUUUAUGGAAACCGCAAACUGAGGCGUUGGUGAAUGCUACCAAAACUAAAUCAGCCGAUAAAAAGUUAAGAAAGGCCCGUGUAGGUAAAUCGCUUAAAAAUUCCAUAUAUAAAGAAAUUUUACAAUCUCCACAACAAGGUAACAAAUCAUUGGACGAUGAUUCAAUUGGAACAAUUUUCUGGAAACCCCAAACUGAGGCGUUGAAGGUGAAUGCUACCAAAACUAAAUCAGCCGAUAUAAAAUUAAGAAAGGCCCGUGUAGGUAAAUCACUUAAAAAUUCCAUAUAUAAGGAAAUUUUACAAACUCCGCAACAAGGUAACAAAUCAUUGGACGAUGAUUCAAUUGGAACAAAUUUCUGGAAACCCCAAACUGAGGCGUUGAAGGUGAAUGCUACCAAAACUAAAUCAGCCGAUAAAAAGUUAAGAAAGGCCCGUGUAAGUAAAUCGCUUAUAAAUUCCAUAUAUAAGGAAAUUUUACAAUCUCAACGACAACGUAACAUAUCCAUGGACGAUGAUACAAUUGGAACAAAUAUAUGGAAACCCCAAAAUAAGGCGUUAAAGUCGGAUGCUACCGAAAAUAAAUCAGUCAGUGAAAAGUCAAGAAAGGCAAAUGGUAAAUCGUUUAUAAAUUCUAUCAAUAAGGAAAUUUUACAAUCUCAAAUACAAGAUAACAAAUCGUUGGAAGAUUAUUCAAUUGGAACAAAUUUAUGGAAAUACCAAAAUUAUUCAUCAAAGGCGAAUGCUAUCGGUACGAAUCUUUGGAAGACAAACGCAUCGAUAAACAAAGCAGAAAAAACGAAAAUUAGGAAUACACGCGACGAAGUUGGGAAGAAACCAUUAACAAAUACAAAUGAAAAAUACCUUCGGGUCCCUCAGAUUGAAGAUCGCAGUCAGUUAGGCAAAAAUCGAUUAAGUAUCUGGAAGUCUGAGAAAAAGGGUCACAGUGAAAUGUUGAAAGCAAGAUCAAAUAUAAUAAGCAUCUGGAAACCUGAAAGUCAAACCAGCGGGUCUUCGAGAACAAGUUCAACCGAAAUAAGCAUUUGGAAGUCUGAAAGUGGAGACUUCAGCAAUCGGCUGAGCAUGGAUAAUAGUGAAAUUAGCAUCUGGAAGACGAUAAAUAAAGUACCCAGUGAGACAUUAGGUACGAUUUGGAAAGAACAUAGUCACACGCAGUCCCAAAACUACUCACAUAAACAAAUUCGUUCAAUUCCAAACAAAAUAAAAAGUAAGCAUAUGCGGAGAAAGGGGUCGAAAUGGGUAGGCAUGCAUUCGGGCAGAGCUCGCAGGCUCUAGAGCGCGGUCGGCCGGGAACAUGCUGUGCACUCCAAUUUCCAAUGUAGACAACAGACGAGCAAUAAAGACUAGCAACCCUACCUGGUUAAUACAAAGUUUGACUGUUAUACGUCAUUACAGUUGACUAUUAUACGUGAUCAAAUUUUAUAGGAGUCAGUUUUAUAAAGGAGACAUAAAAUAAAUUAUUAUAUAUAA